UUCUGGAAACGAGAACGCUAAAGGCAUUCCAGAUUUUUGGCUCACAAUAUUCAAGAAUGUGGGCAUGUUAGCGGACAUGGUUCAGGAACAUGAUGAACCCAUUCUUAAACACUUGUAUGACGUGAAAGUGAUAUUCCUGGAAAAAGAUCCAAUGGGCUUUGUUUUAGAGUUCCACUUCGAAUCAAAUGAAUAUUUCACCAAUUCCGUUUUAACCAAGGAAUACGUCAUGAAAUGUGAGCCAGAGAAGAGUGAUCCAUUCAGUUUUGAGGGUCCGGAAAUUUACAAAAGCAAGGGCUGCGUCAUUGAUUGGCGUAAGGGCAAAAAUGUAACCGUCAAAACGAUCAAGAAGAACCAAAAGCACAAGUCUAGAGGAUCUAUUCGCACAGUGACGAAAACUGUACAAAACGACUCUUUCUUUAACUUCUUCAGUCCGCCAGUUGUACCAGACGAUCCAGAGGCAGAGUUGGACGAUGAUACUCAGGCUUUAGUAACCAGUGAUUUUGAAGUAGGACACUACAUUAGAGAGCGCAUUGUUCCGAGAGCUGUUCUAUAUUACACAGGUGAAGGUCUGGAGGAUGAGGAAGACGAUGAUUAUGAGGAAGACGAUGAAGGUGAUGACGAGGAUGAUGUCGAAGACGAAGACGAAGAUGAGGAGGAAGGAAACGAAAGUGCCCCAACAGGCGGCCGGACACAAGGAGCGGAUCCAGUCGAGUGUAAACAACAAUAGAUUUGUACUUAAAAAGAAAGAAAAACUCGCUAAAAGAUAAAUCGCCUUGUGAAAAUGCCACAAACGACGACACAUCGACAAAAUGGACAUUUCCAUCCAGCUAAUGAUUCUUGCACUUGAGUUCGCGAGCCACAAUAACUGACAAGGACGAGACCGAAUUCGAAUCUUUUUCCUAAGCAUAUCACUUAUCCAAUUUCAGAUAAAGCCUAGCGGCGAAUGUUGAGGGUGAGAAAAGUAGAUUCGAAUUCCCUCGUCAUAUGUUUUGUCGAUAGUGUCAUUGGCAUCAAUCUACUUCACUCAGUACGAAAAUUGUCUCUUUUAAUUGCAUGAUUUUAUACGAUUGUUACGUUUUUAUACUACUGCGGAUCAAGUCACUUGAAUUCCCUUUGAAAGUCGAUGUUAUCAUAUGAAAAUUUUGGGUACUGUUAUAAAGCGUUUUAAUACAAAGUCUCUGAAACAUCA